AUGCAAAUAAACUUGAGGCGAUCGUUUGAAGCAUGGUGGUCUUCUCUUUGUUCACCACGACACAAGUCGAGUCUUAAACAUGCUAUAACAACAACAACAACCACCACCACGAGCAAACCAUGUCUUACAAAAUUAUCAUUGAUGAAUAAUGUAUUAUUAUUACAAGAAACACAUCAUCAUCAUGAACGAAGGUCGUUCCAUACUUGCAUCAGGUUUAGUGUUCCGAAUCUACCAGGCUUGGAUGAAGGCACACCAAAAGUUAAUAAUUCCUCUUCACCUACUACUACCAGUACCGAUACUGGUAAAAUCAAUCCAGCUACUGCCACCACCAAUUCACAAGAAAAAAACAACAUCUCUUCAUCAUUGGAUGGAAAAGAAGAGGCAGAACCAAAACUUUCCUUUUUAGCACUUGAUGCUACUACCUUGAAACAUUUAAUAUCCAAUCAAAAUAUUGGAGAGGCCAUCAAAGAGACUCAACAAAAAGUUUCUCGGUGGACUCGAACAUUCAGAUCAUUAAUGCAAAAUACUUGGAUAUUUAAACUUGCUACUGUACUGUUUGUUCUCCUCGUGUUGGUUGUUGAGGAAUUUUUGAAAUUGUCAAGAGUUCAAGAAGAAUUUAAAACUCAAGUUUCAGACGACGACAAGACACAUUAUGUUCAAACAAUUGAGAGAAAGAAGGAAGAGGAAGAAUUGCUGAAUUUUGCUGUACAUUCAUUGAAUCAAUAUGCAAUGAUUGUUGGAGAAAGUGGAAGUGGAAAAUCUGAAAUUGUGAGCAGAUUGGUUUACAAAGCACGCAAGCAAGGUAUUCCAGUUUUUUAUUCAGCAGCAACUGAACGACAAUAUGAGGCCCGAUUGAAAAGCGAAUUGGGAUACUUUACACUGAUCAAUUCUUUCUUUCACUAUGUUAAAAAGCUGCUUAAUGUUGACUCGUCAAGUGAUAUAUUAUCAGAUUUAGAAAAAGUGGGAAUUGAGAUCAAAAAGAAAACAGGAAAACGGCCACUGAUGGUAAUUGACAAUGCUCAUCGACUGAAUGCCAACGAUGAAGGUAAACAAUUUUAUAGAAAUCUUCAAGAGCUUGCUAAAAAGAUGGCCGACUCUGAAGCUUUGAAUCUCAUUUUUGUGAUAACAGUAGAUGGAGACAAGACUGUGAAUACGACAUCCGAAUAUAGUAGUAGACUACGAGUAUAUGAAAUUGGUGAAAUGACAAGGGAUGAAGCGAAAGCAUUUUUGAGAAAAAAGUUCAACGUCACCGAUCCGCAAGAACUGGAACGAAUUUUUAGUGUGACUGGUUAUAUACCAAAGUACCUCAAUCAAUAUAACCAAUUAUAUCAAGUGGAUUUGGCUAUCACAGAGAAGUUUAUUCACAGCGGAGUUGACCCUCUUUAUAAUAAGGCAUUUCAGGAUGUUUCAAGAUAUAUUUUGCAACAUGGAUCCAUUGACAUCCAUGACUUUGAGGCCAUGACCCCAUCAUCAGAAGUGGUCAAAGAAUGUGGAUACAAUUGCACGGUCACAGAAUCUGUUCCAAAUUCUGUUCGAAAAUUGUUGGAGAGAAAUUUAAUUUUCAAAAGAAUGGGAAGAACCAUCACCUUCAAGAAUACUGCAAUUCUGAACUAUGUCAAACAUCUACUUGAUAAACUGGAAGAAUAA